UGUUCGCCCUCCAGUCCAGCAGACUUCGCUGUUCGCUUUCUCCGCUUCGCUCCGCAGGAAGCGAACAGUUGACGACGCGGAACUCAACGGUCUGUUCGCUGUGUUUACCUGUUUACCUCCUCGCUGUCUCUCUCUCUCUUUGUCCGCUGGAAGGCUGAAAGUGCGCAGAAAAGGAGAAAAUGUGCGCCGUGCAGCUGCUGCGGGUGUCGGUACAUGAGCGGAUCAGCGCUGCCGCUGAAGACUUUCUGCUGCAGGUGGAAAAAGGAGAAGAAACGGCAGAAAUCCCGCUGAGAGCGCUGCUCACCGAGCGGCUAACGGCGGCUGCGGAGGAGAUCGUCGGUCUGUUGGAGGAAACCGUGGCGGAGUACGAAGACAGAGUGGAGCGGUCAGAGCGGGAGAUCUGCCGCCAGAGGAGGCUGCUCGAUGCCGUGCUGAAGCCCGAAGUCAAGCUGCUCAGAGCAGAGCCGCUGCAGUCGGUGAUCCUGAACGACUCAAACCUGCAGCCUCCAGUCGACCCCGCAGACCUGAAACAGACUGAAACUGAACACAACGACAGCGAUGUUUCCUGCCCUCCGACGCCUCGCUCCCCCUCACCUGCCGACUGUCAGCCCGUCUCACCAAGCGGCUCCGUCAUCGACAGCGAAGGCGAUCUGGACAGUGACUGGACGGAAGAGCGUCGCUCCAGGACACUGAGACAUCUGAGGAAAAAGAAGAGAGGACGGCCGCCGCUUGGCCUUGCAAACAAACGGAAGCGGUCGUCUCCAACGCAGAGUUUCUGGUGUCAGGUGUGUGGACGCGCUCUGCAGGGUAAAGGCUUCCUGCUCAAACACGUCCUGCAGGUCUGCGCCAAAGACCCAGACUGUCGCUGUGGUUUCUGCGGUGAGCGUUUAGACUCGGCCGACGCCCUGACUGCUCACCUCCAAACCCACCAGGAGAAGAGUAAGACCUGCUCGUUCUGCGGGAAGACCUUCCACUCCAUCCUGGCGCAGGAGCUGCAUGUCCGGCUGCACACUGGAGAGAAACCGUACAGCUGCGAUGUUUGCGGCAAGAAGUUCAGCCAGAAGGGCAACAUGACUUCACACAUGCGCGUCCACGCCACAGAGAAACCCUUCCAAUGCAAAGAGUGCAGCCGGGCGUUCUGUCACAUGUCUUCUUUGGAGCGACACAUGCUGGAGCACAGCAGCAAGGUGACGCUCAGCUGCAGCGUCUGCGGUCAGGAGUUCAGUAAGAGGAGACUCCUGCGCCAACACAUGACGAGUCACCAGAAGGACGGCAGCGACAAACCCAAAAGAUGCCGCAGCUCCGCGCCGUCGUUCCGCUGCAAAGUGUGCGGAGAUGCCUUCGACAGGAAGAGCUUCUUAGUGAAGCACGUGGAGACUCACCUACAGGACCCGCGUUGUUGCUGCGGACUCUGUGGACACCAGUACGAGUCCGCCGACAGCCUCGCCGCUCACCUGCGCUCGCACCGGGAGAUCAGUAACACUUGCCACGUCUGCGGGAAGAGCUUCCCUGCUCAUGGGGCGCUGGAGAUGCACAUGCGGAUCCACACCGGAGAGAAACCUUACAGCUGCAGCUUCUGCGGAAAGGCCUUCAACCAGAGCGGCAACCUGAAGACGCACCUGAAGAUCCACACAGGUGAGCGGGCGUUCUUCUGUAGCCUCUGUGGGAAGGGCUUCACCCAGAAACAGACUCUGGACACGCACGUCCGCUUCCACAACAAGGAGAGACGCUUCCUGUGCCAGGUGUGCGGGAAGGGCUUCAUUCAGGACGUGGACCUGAAAAGACACAUGCUGAUCCACACCGGAGAGAAACCGUACAGCUGCAGGGUCUGCGGGAAGAGCUUCCAGGCCAAACGCUCGCUAAACGGACACCUCAAAGUCCACACGGUGGGGGAGGGGCCGGGCACGGAGCAGGACCACAGCGCCGAGCAGAGGAGGCUCAACGCGUUCUGCUUCGCUCAGCUGUAGCUUGUACGUCAGCCUGUAACUAAAAACUCUUCUGGUGUAACUGUUGACUCGUAGAGCUGGACUCAAACCAACAACUUUGUUCUUCAGUUUCAAACAACUUUAAUAACAGUUAUAAGUGCUGAUUAGGGAUGCAGCGAUUAAAGCGAUUUCACUGUUAAACUGCACUUUAAAAUGUCACGGUUUUGUAACUGUAAAGGCGACACCGAGUGUUUCCGUUCUCACUCUGUAAAAUGCGACAUUAUGGUGCGUUAUCUUUCUAUGAACAACGAUUGUACUGUGAGGAAAAUUAAACAAAACUAGAUUGUGUUUAAAAAAAAAUGUUCAAGGGGCAACGUGGUGCAGCGGCUUAAAACACCAGUUCAGAUACGCUAAGUUACACCUGCUGUGACGAGAGCGACUCCCCUCGUUGAUGUUUGACGGGGGGCAACGUUAGCUAAAGGAGACGAGAUUUUGGAUACAUAAAGAAGGGACAGGUGGUCGUUUAAUUGAUCAGACACCUUGAACUUCAUGCAACCUCUCAAGUUACUUAAUGAAAUUAAAUAUGAAAGUGUCGCUUAAAAUCUACUGAGUAGCAGCGAGUUAAGAGUCGAGCUUUCAGCGCAAUGUAAAUCAACAGCAGCAAAGCAGGAAAAGGAGCGUUACACCAUUUAUGAAUGAACACUCACCUAAACGGCAGUAAUCCCCUCGAGGGCUUCAGGUUGACCGUUUACAUCCUGUUUCUUCGUCCCGUCUGUUCUGAGGGUUUUGAUUGGCUGGUACGGAAGGUAAAUAUGCUAAAAGACUAACUGAACAUUUAGGAUGUUGUAGACUUUCAGCAUCAUACCCUGGGAUCUAAUUAAUUGCAUUUCAGUGAUUAAUAACACUCUUUCUUUCAUUUUUACUAAUAUUAAACUAAUAAUAUUGUAAAGAGUAUGUAGACCUGCUCUAUAUGAAAAGUGGGCUGAGAUCAAUCCUGAAAUAUGAUUUGGCGCUAUGUAAAACAAACAAAAUGUUAAUUAUUAAAAUAGAUCAUUUAAAAUGAGUUAUGGAUCACAGUUGAUGAUAAUAACACUGCAGUUUAUUACCUACAUUAGUAAUAUUAUCCUGUAGCAGAUCAAUGAAGUUCAUCUUAAUCUUAUAUUAAUAAUAAGAAACUGUUAAAAGCCAAGAAAGAAAUAUUUUGGGGAAAUAAAAACAACAAAACCUCUAAUUAAAAAUCAUCCAUCUGUAGUGUUGUGACAUAAAUUUUUGCAUAAUAAUAAUAAUGAAACCCUGAUUUUGUCCUCAGACUAUAAUCGUACCAUCGAAAUCUAUAAUCGUUGCAUCCCGAGAUCUGAUUAUCAUCGACACGACAGAAAUAAGUUCUCAGAUGUUCAAAAGCAGUCAAACAAGAUGUUUAUGAAUCUGAGCAGAUAUUUAAUGUCGACGUUCAGUGUUCAGCUGAUUUUCUGCGUCAGUGAGUCAAAUAAACACGUCGAGUCAAA